AUCUUGAGAGUUUGGAGGAUGUCCCAAGUCGUUCUUUCCCAAUCAUCCAAACUUACGAAAACGUCAAAUUACACCGACCUUGCCUUUGCAAAGUUACAAUGAUUGAUGCAGACGUAAUAGCCUCUGCUGUUCUUGAAGAGUUCAACAAACUCCCCGCCAAACGAAAGCCUAGUGUCCGCGACAAUGGUCUUCAUGAAUGGGUUCCCAUGGCCGGCAUUGUAGCCAAAGGCCCAAGCGGACUGAAAUGUGUAGCUUUGGCAACUGGUAUGAAGUGCCUUCCGGCAUCCAAGUUGCCCCAAGCCAAUGGAGUGGCCAUUCAUGACUGGCACGCCGAGAUACUUACUAUACGAGCUUUCAAUCGGUUCGUCCUCGAAGAGUGUAAACGCCUCGCUCUUCAGGGUGAUGGUGUCUCGCAGUCCGAGUUCAUCUACCGAAGGACCACAGCACAACAUAAAGACAACGAACAACAAGGAACAACAAACGUAUGGCAAGGACAGCCCUAUGCCUGGAGAGAAGAUGUGUCCCUACACAUGUACUGCUCUGAAGCACCUUGCGGAGACGCAAGCAUGGAACUAAUCAUGGCCGCCCAAGACGACACCUCGCCCUGGGAAAUCCCUUCCCCAACACCAGGAGACCUACCAACCCAAACCCCAGCACUAGCAUCAACAGAUGACACCCCCCUCCCCGGCCGCGCCUACUUCUCCCAACUCGGCAUCGUCCGCCGCAAGCCCUCGCGCGGCGACGCUCCGCCGAGCUUAUCCAAGUCCUGCUCCGACAAGCUCGCCCUGAAGCAAGUGACAUCGCUCCUGUCCUCUCUCACCAGCACUCUGGUCUCGCCUGCGAACGCAUACCUGUCUACCGUCGUCCUGCCCGAGUCACAGUACUCCGUUGCGGCUUGUAGCCGGUGUUUCUUUUCUUCUGUCGCUGACGAGGGACGGAUGGCGCCCUUACUUGACACGAGCGUGAGCGCGAAGCUGGCUGGUGCGGGAUAUACCUUUCGGGAGUUUAGGGUGGAGACGACGAGGAUGGAGUUUGCUUUUUCUAGGAGGGCUAUACUCCCUUCGAGUUCUACUUCUGCGUCGACGGAGCCGACGGACACGAAGACAAAAAAGCUCAUAGCAAGCAACCUCGCUACGUCGUGGACGCUCAACGGUCCGCGUGACGGAGAGGGUCUGGUGGGUGGCGUGUUGCAGGGCCGGAAGCAGUUUGAUCCGCGGGGAGCCAGCCUGGUCUCUCGGCGGAAGAUGUGGGCUUUGGCGAGGGAGGUUUGCUCGGCGAUGGAGCUCGAGGAUGAUGGCGAGAUCAAGCAAGCCCUGGGAAGUACGGAUCUUGCCUAUGAUGAGAUCAAGGAUGGAAGUAGCUUGCUUGCGGGAAGACGGAGGGCGAAGGAGGAGGCGAAGAGGGUGGCAUUGAAAGGCUGGGUGAGGAAUACCGGGGACGGGAGCUUCAAGCUUGAGUAAGAGGGAUGUUGAGAAAGGGUCUGGGGAGUGGUUGCUGAGAUUGAUGGAGUCGUCAUGUACAGUACGAGUGACAUUCAGAUGCACACUUGGAUGCAAGACAUGUCUCGUCUCCAAACCAUCUUUUCCUUGUCGUCAUAUGGGCCAUGAUCCCUAAUCCUUACAGCCCAACAGUUGAGAGGCAGCAAGGUCUGCAUU